AUGCUUAGCCGAAAACUUCUAACUGCUACUUAUCCUUUGGCUCGCCCAUCCAACUUGCGUUUACAACAAUGCGCUUUCCAUGCAUUGAGACCUAGCAUUGUUCUGUUCAAGGCAAAGAACAAAAAGGGGGGUGUAGUUGAGCUAUUGGAUGAAAACGAUCCCGAAUUUUUAGACAUUGAAGAUGUCAAAGCAGCUGAAGCCUCUCUUGCUAGAGAACUCAGCAUGGAAAAUACACCCGACUCUGGCCACAAUACUAACGUAUUCAACUCUUUUUAUGACGUUCUUGUUUCCGAGACUCGCAACCCCAAAGAACUACAUGCUAUGCCCAAAGAGACUCGCUUGAACAACCUGCUCCAGCAUGUCAAGCAGCCUGAUGAGGCCGAUAAGUUGCCAAAGCUUGUAGAACAGUGGCGCAACAAGCGUCUUCCAAUAACUCCAUUCACAUCCAGCAAGCUGAUCCAGUCUGUGUGUGAAGUUGGUCGUGGUGAUAUUGCAUAUAAGCUUUUAGGAGAUCGCUAUCGUUAUGGCCUCUUCCCCAGCAGUGGCGACUUUGAAAAGACUAUUGAGACACUCUGCAAGGCUAACGAACUUGACAAGGCAUUGGUUACAUUGGCUAUGGCACCUUUAUACAAAUCUUCCCUGACUGGCAACAUGUAUGCAACAUUGGUAGAUGGCUUUUCAGAAAAUGUUGAUGAUGAGAACGCCAUUGAGAAAGCUGCGCAGAUUGCUGAGGAGUUUAUUAAGACUACCGAGAAAAUUGAGAAGAAGGAGAAUGCAAAAGACGCAUUGACAAAACUUGCAGAUUUGCUUGUAAAAUGUGGUGACGAGAACAGGGCACAAGCCGUCCAAUCAUUCGUUGCCACCAUCUAAAUAAAAUUAUAAUAAAAUUACAUACACAU